AUGUUGCCCCCGCCCGCGCGCUCCCUCCCCCUCCCCUCCUCAGCUGGGCUCCCGCCCCCUCCCCCCUCCCCCUACUGCCCGCCCCCCGCCCCCCCGCCCCCCUCCCCCGGUGAGGUCAGGCGGAGGCCCCGCCGCUGCGGCCGCAGCAGCGCCGCUCCUAUUCCGGGGAACCCUGGGGACGGAGCGUUUCAAAUCAGCGGAGCGGCGUUCGAGGUAGGGUCCGUGCUCUCCGCCUACCGGAGAGCGAGGCGAAGUGACCGGGGCGAGCGAGCGGGUGCGGAGGACUGGGGGCCGCUGCCUCGCCGCAGGACGGAGCCCCGGCUGCGCCGCGCGCGACUCGCUGGUCGGCCCUCGGAGCGCAGCGGCAGGCGGACGGGCGGCGGGACGCCGGGACGCGGCAAACAAGGUGAGGCAGGGUCCUGGCGUGGCAGCGGCUCCCUCGGCCGCCUUCGCGCUCCGGGGACCCGGCGGGGCCAGGCGGCGCGCGGUCUGGAGUUGCGACCUGCAGGCGGACAGGGGGUUACCUCCGUUCCUUGCACGCCCUCCCUCCGUCCCCACAACCCGUUUUCUCUCACUUGCGGGUGUACGCCCUCCUGCCCGCACCUCUCAUCGCUCCCUCACCGACUCGCUGGCUCCGCCCGUCGCCUGGGUUCUUGGAGGACCACUGCGCCUAGUUUUCCUUUCCUUCUUUGUUACCCCUCUAAGAUCUCCUCCUCCGGGGCUGUCGCUGCCCUUGACGCUCUGGGGUCUCUCUGCCCGCCGCGGGCCCCGCUGUCUCUUGCCUUCCCACAGUUUCUGCUUUGUGGCUCCUAA